AUGUCUUCUCUCAGAUUAAAUGUCAGUUUUGGUGCCGGGAUUCUCUUAUUGAUAAUUAUUGUUAAUCAAGUGUCUUGUGAUGACGGUACUGUGUGUUUUUCAGGAAACAACCUUGUCAAAAACGGUGAAUCAGGUUCUCAAUGCGCGGAACAAAAGGAUUGCUUGUUACUGUGGUUUGGACCAAGACUUGGACGUCGACGUAGAUCUGGAGCUGUGUCUCAGGUUAACGACGACAUUAACACCAUCACAGACGUCAUCAAUGCUAAUCCUUGGGCUUUUGCUUCUUAUCAUGGAACAGGAGACAAAAGACACUCGACCCAGUUCACUCCGAGACUAGGUCGAGAGCUAGAGGACACCUUGAUCCAGAGAUAUUUAACGCUUGACAAAGAUAACGAUUUAUAUCACCUGAUGGACGGCCAGAAUGUUGAUCAAAACCAGCAACUGUCUCUUCCUCCACCGCCUUUGUUCGCACCACGUCUAGGUCGUCAGCUACCCUUAAACUCGCCUCGGUUGAGACAACUACUUCAGAAUCUACGCAACUUUUAA